AUGAUGGAAAAGGCUCUCAUCGAGCAAGUUCAACUGGCGGAAAAUAGCCGGAUGCGUUUCACUCGGUUAGGAGAUGUUGGAAAGGUGAAAAUGUUCGAGGAGUGGGCGAAGGCUUCAAAGCAGGACUUGUUGCUCGUUCGUGAAGUGGCCAAGCAGGGAUUAAAUUUACCCAAAUUCCAUUAUGAGUCGCGACACAUUCCAUGUGCCGAUCUCUUUCCCGAUCUCGCCGAGGAUGUUUUAGAACUUUCAAUUAUUCGCUGUCGGGACGUACCCCUUCCUUCCGGAUACGAGCCCUCCGAUGCUAACCUAUUUGUCAAAUACACAUUUCCUUAUCCGUCAGAUGCGAUUCAAAGCGGUAAAACGAAAUAUGUUUCUGGGACACAGAAUCCGCGUAUGUUUUCUCUGUCACUGUCAGAGAUCCGCGUUUUUGUUUGUUUUCUUUGGAUUUUCCAUUCGAUUUGA